AUGACAAACGCCUCGCAGCUUCACCUAUCCAACCUCCACCUCGGCAUCUGUCACAGCGAGGAUGUUCCCGAAGCAGCAGCCGUGGAAAUCACCAACCAGUUGCUUCAGCGGAACCACAACGAGCUGCACAUCUUCUUCCGAGAUAUGAACGGACACAACCACUUGGUGCAUAACCUCCUGACCCGGCUUGCGCUCGGGGCCUCGCCCGCCCAGCUGCAGACGGCCUACGACGACGACUUGCCCACCCAGAGGGCAAUCCCGCUGCGCGACGAGGAGGUAAUCCGUAAACUGGCGGACGAGGCGUAUUUCGCGGAACGGAUCACUCAGAUCAACCAGUACGCCAAUUUCCUUCGUUUCUUCGAACAUCAGAUUGACGCCAGAGGCUGGAAAGACGUCGUGCAACAGUACGUAUUCAGUCGCAGCCGGAUUGCCGAGAAGAUCCUACCUCUCAUGUAUGAUGGAGCUUACCACUCCAUCAUCCACCUGGGCCUCGGGGUUGAAUUCGAACAGCCGAGUAUUAUCGCGGAGGCGCUGGCUCAAGCUGCUGCGCACGAUUCCUUUGAUACCGACUGGUUCUUUCACACCGUGGAGAAGAAGGCGGACCGGCUGGAAGAGAGCACCGAGUCACCGCCCCUCUGGGAGCUGCUGGGCCAUGCCCGCAAAAGUGAUGCCCUCGCACGCGCGGCACAGACGGAGGGAUUCAUUGGCACUAUGAAGAUGAAGAGGUGCGUCUUUGUCGCCCCCGCCGGGGAGGAGAUCACCUCUCUGGCUGCACAGUUCCGUGUCACCGAGCAGACCCUUGAGCUCCGCACAGCCGAGAUGAUCAGUGUUUGUGCCUACCUCGCAGGGGCCUCCCAGCGUGCCGGCCGUGCCCACAAGAUUGACUUCUUCUUCAUGCAUUGCGUGACCAGUGCCCUCCUCGUCAGUGUCCUGGCCCGACAACCGUGGAUUACCACUACCGACAGGAUCCGCUUGGUCGAGUGGAAGGGCCGACUCGACCUGGCCUGGUAUGUGGUGUGUGGCAUGCCGACCCUGGACAUUUCGCCUGUGCAGAGCUACCACGGCAGUCCCAGUGGUGAGAUGACCUGGGCCGAGCUCUUUCAUGCGGUCAAUGAGCAACACGACGACGGACAUGUUGCCAAGUUUGUGCGCGCGUUGAAGCAUGGCCAAGAGGUUUCAGAACCGUUGGUUGGAAUACCAUGGGCCUCCGCGGCCUUCCCCGUGCAAGGGGACAUCUGGCUGAAAAUUGCGCGCAUGGCGUAUGAUACGACCUUGGGCUUGCCAGCGCCAGCUAAGUGGGUUGUGAUGACGGGAAUGGACAAGGCCUGGGCUCAGGUCCCAUCCAUGAAGGAUUGA